AUGCUGGAAGAGCCGGAGUGCGUGGCGCCGGGCGCCGGGGGAGAGGCCGUAGCCAUGGAUUGCAAAGACAGACCAGCUUUUCCAGUUAAGAAGUUAAUACAAGCCCGGCUGCCGUUCAAGCGCCUGAAUCUCGUCCCAAAGGAGAAAGCCGAUGACAGCCCAGAUGACGCAAGAAGCUGUCAAAGUGCCCCCGUGCAGACUAAAGUCCCUGCUUUAGAGACCUCUUUGGACACCUUGGAAAACGACUGUCAUAUGGGUUCUGAUAUAGACUUCAGACCAAAACUUGUCAAUGGGAAGGGUCCCUUAGACAACUUUCUAGGAAGUAGAGUGGAAACCAGCAUUGGCCAGAGCACAGUCAUCAUUGACCUGACGGAGGACUCAAAUGACCAGCCCGACAGCCCCUCAGACCACAGUAGACUGAAUCCAGAGGCUUCUCCCUCCGGGGAGGCUGUAAAUGGGGUCAUAGAAGAAGCUACAGAUCAGCAGGGACUCUCCAAGGCCAUUCAGAAGGACAAGUUGGCACUUCCUGAAACAACCCUUUCAGACAUUCCUUGCAAAACAGAGGAGGAGGGUGUUGUCCCCAGAGAAGGAGGCGCAGAGAGGAAUGGUGACUCCCAGGAAGGUUCACCUCGAAGCUGCCCGGAGCUGACAGGUGGCCCAAGAACGUGCUCCGAAAAGGAAUGGGACGGCUGGAGCGAAGCCGGGGGCAUCCUGUUCAAAGGGAAGGUGCCCGUGGUGGUCUUGCAGGAUGUCUUGGCCGUGAGACCUCCCGGAGCUAAGACUCCCCCCAUGACACCUCCAGACAAGAGCGUGACCUCAGAAAGUGAGGUGCUGGAGUCUGGCCUUGAAGAAGACUCUGUCCUCAGCCACUCGUCCCUGAGCUCUCCCUCUCCCGGCAGCUCGCCCGAGGGGCCGUCUGCUCCUGGAAAGCGGACCCGCAGCGUCAGCCCCAUGCCUACCUCCAUGCCUGCGCGCAGAAUAACUAAGAGGCGCGUCAAAGGUUCUACAGAGAAGAACAAGAUCAGACUGCAAAGAGACCAGGAGCGCCUGGGCAAGCAGCUCAGGCUCCGGGCAAAGAGGGAGGAAAAGCAGAAGCUGAAAGAGGAGGCCCGGCGGGCCAGGGAGGAGGCCAAGAAGAGGAGGGAGGAGGAGAAGGAGCUGAAGGAGAAGGAGCGGCGGGAGAAGCGGGAGAAGGAUGAGAAGGAGAAGGCAGAGAAGCAGCGGCUCAAGGAGGAGCGGCGCAAGGAGAGGCAGGAGGCGCUGGAGGCCAAGCUCGAGGAAAAGAGGAAAAAGGAAGAGGAGAAACGGUUACGAGAAGAAGAAAAGCGCAUUAAAGCAGAGAAGGCUGAAAUCACAAGGUUCUUCCAGAAACCAAAGACCCCACAGGCCCCCAAGACCCUGGCUGGCUCCUGUGGGAAGUUUGCCCCCUUUGAGAUCAAAGAGCACAUGGUUCUUGCCCCCCGGUGUCGGGCCACCUUCGACCACGACCUGUGCGAGCAGCUGGACCAGCUCCUCCAGCGGCAGAGUGGGGAGUUCUCCUUCCUGAGAGACCUGAAAGGCCGGCGGCCCCUCAGGUCGGGACCCACCAGGGUUUCCAACCGGAACGCAGACAUCGUUAACAGUGACGUCGUAAUCGUGGAGAGCGGGAAGGUCGCCGGCGUUCCCGAGCGCAGGAAGUUCGGCAGGAUGAAGCUGCUGCAGUUCUGUGAGAACCACCGGCCGGCGUACUGGGGCACGUGGAACAAGCACUCGGCGGUGAUCCACCCACGGGACCCCUGGGCCCAAGACAGGAACCUCCUGGACUACGAGGUGGACAGCGAUGAGGAGUGGGAGGAGGAGGAGCCCGGGGAGUCCCUGUCCCACAGCGAAGGGGAUGAUGAUGAUGAAGUGGGUGAGGACGAAGAUGAGGAUGAUGGGUUUUUUGUGCCCCACGGGUACCUGUCUGAGGACGAAGGCGUGAUGGAGGAGUGCACUGACCCGGAGAACCACAAAGUUCGCCAGAAACUGAAGGCCAAGGAGUGGGACGAAUUCUUGGCCAAGGGGAAGCGGUUCCGCGUGCUCCAGCCCGUGAAGAUCGGCUGCGUGUGGGCAUCAGAUGGGGACCGUGCGGGCGCUGACCUGAAGGUGCUGCAGCAGUUCACGGCCUGCGUCCUGGAGCCGGUGCCCGCUGAGGAGGAGCAGACGCCCAAGGCCUCCAAGAGGGAGAAGAGGGACCAGCAGAUCCUGGCCCAGCUGCUGCCGCUGCUGCACGGCAACGUGAACGGGAGCAAGGCCAUCAUCCGCGAGUUCCAGGAGCACUGCCGCCGGGGACUGCUCAGUGGGGAUGCCGGCAGCCCCCCGAGUCCCUCCUCUUCCCGCCCACAGACCCCCACCGUGGACACCGCUGUCCCCUCCAAGGCCAGGCUAAAGCGGAUCAUCUCCGAGAACUCGGUGUAUGAGAAGCGGCCGGACUUCAGGAUGUGCUGGUACGUCCACCCGCAGGUGCUGCAGAGCUUCGACCAGGAGCACCUGCCCGUGCCGUGCCAGUGGACCUACGUCACCAUGGUGCCCUCGGCCCCCAGAGAGGACAAUGGCGGCGUCCCUGCCGCAGGGCCCGGCCAGGGGACGCCCACCUCACUGAAGAGGAAGUCGGCGGGCAGCAUGUGCAUCACCCAGUUCAUGAAGAAGCGGCGGCACGACGGCCAGGUCGGUGCUGAGGAGAUGGACGGCUUCCAGGCGGACACGGAGGAGGAGGAGGAUGAGGAGGGUGACUGUGUGAUCGUGGAUGUCCUGGAUGCUGGGGAGGUCCGGGCCGCGUGCGGAACUUCCAGAGCCGGGGUUGCCGUGGGAAUGGACACCAGCGAGAGCCCCCUGUCCGCGAGCCCGCUCAGCGCCUCCUGAGGGCGCCCGCCAGGCCAGCAGCGAGUGUGUAUAGCGUGGUUGGGGUGUCCUCGGACACGGACCAGA